AAAGUUGGAAUUUCAACGAAGCACUGUUUGCAGCGAACAAAUUGUGAAUUACCAACAUCAACAGUGAUUGUGAACGAGAAGAAAGCAACACGUACAAUUAUGCAUUACAGGGGGAAGUUGCAGGAGCCAAGCCUUGCCGAGCUCCAAGCAGCAUUCCCGGAUAUCGGUAUUUUUUCGUGGAUACAUUUUGAAGGACGAAACUUUGAAAACCUUUUAUCAAUGAUACGUUUUGUUCACGAUCAACGAAAAAACCAACGACCGAAAAUAUCGCUAGAAUGUGAGAAAGUCCGAGAUUUCGAGACUCUCGAAGAUGCCAUACCGUUUGCGGAUGUAAUUUUUGUAUCCAAGGAUUUUGCAAGGUUUAUUUCCUAUCGUUUGGGUUGCUAUAAAACCUGCUUUGAUCGGCUUUAUUUUCACUGUCGCGUUCUUUUUCGCCACUGAUG